GGGUGCCAGAGAGCGGAGGGGCACGUCUGUGACAACAGCCCCCUCCUGAUCCCCUUGCCCUCAUCACACAGAUAAAGGGAUUUUGGAGAACUGGCUAUUGAUGGGGACGAUGACAAGCUGAUUGCCGAAGAGUUCCAGCUGAGCCAGAAAAGACGGUCUUGUUUUUGUUUUUGUUUUUGUUUUUCUGAACUAUUUUUAUGAUGGCUUAAUUGCUCCAAGGACCAGCCGUAUAGUCUGUAUUAGGAAUGCUGGGAAAGGUGAGCUAUACAGCCUGAUUCUACUGUGACUGAAAUAAAUACUGAAAUGAAUAGGAGUGUCCCCACCGAGUUUGGAAGGUUUAAGAUUACCAAAUAAAAGCCAAAUCACAAAAUGUUGCCUUCAGAAAGAGGAUGGGUGAUCUGUUACUGUCUUUCCCUUCCCCUACGUUUGUGAAGCCCAAUAAAGGAAACAGCGACUGAGCCUUCUCCACAACUUUUUGGAGACUUGACGAGAGUUUCUCCAUGAAAGCCGUCAGCACUCCUGACUUGGCAGUGCGGUCUGAGGAGCUCAGUUCACCCAGUCAAUGUGAAAGCAAGACAAAACAAGGUGCCGCAAAUGAAGGGCAGGCACCAAGGUCCGCUGACGAAGACAGCAGUGUAGAUUUGAGCUAUCACAGCCUCCGUCUCCAUGCGUACAGCAUUGAGAGUAUGACAACAUUUCAGAAUGGCUGUGGAAACAGCACCACCGUUACUUGUAUAGUUAUGGAUAAUAAAGAGCCAAAAAAUCUGACUACCGCAGUCAGUCAUAAUGGGGGAUACAACACCAGCAAUAGUCAUGAAGAGGAAAUACAAGAUGAUAAACUCAGCCCUUCAAAAAUCAUGCGCUUUUUCUCAACCCCUAGGAAACGGGCUAAUUCCAACUCGGAGAGGCCUCGUUCUCUGAUUUUGAUGGGCAACUCUUCUACGUGGAAUGCUUUGUCUUCCAUUAGAAAAAUGGGAUCUUUCAAGAAGUUAAGGUCUUCAGUUCUCCAAGGAAUUCAAACUAGGGAAUGUUCAGAUAUCUUAAAUGAGAACAGUGUAGGAAAACAUGGUUCAAACGGGGCAGUGGUGAGAGUUCAGACUAACAGGUAUUCCUAUUCAGGGCCUUUGCAUGAUUUCCAGAAUGCAGUGGAUGGUUUAGCUUCCGAUUGCUCCGAUGCUGAGGAAGGCGAUGAUUCAUUUCUGAGGAAUACUCAUCGCUCACGCAGCAUCAGGCGGGCUUAUGGUGUUGGCCGCAUAAAUUUGCUGGACACUGAUAAAGCUCAGAGUAAUAACAACUGUACUAGGCCAACAUCUCCUGUCGUCUCAGAGCCAAAGAUCUGUGAAAUUUUAGUGAAAGAUUCUGAAAACAACAGGAUCAUCUAUCGGAGAAGCAAAAGUUCAGAUAAUUUAAACUUCCUGAAAAAAAGCUCAUUCAAACGAAAGUCCACCUCAAACCUCACUGACCUCAAGGUUGCAAAUGAAAAACAAAUGCCACCAAGGACAGUAAGUGCUACUUCCGCUGACUUGGACAAAACCAGUGGAAACCCUGAGAGGAGGUCCAAACGAUGGAAGAGCCCUAUCAGGGCAAAGGAUUUUGACCGAGUUUUGAAACUUGUAAGUAAUGUUACAGAUGUGGCAUGGAAGAAGGAUGGCCCUAAGAGCACAGCACCUUCUCCCAGUGACCAAUCCCAGAGAACAAGACCAAACAGCAGACUGCACGAUGACUAUUCGCGCAGGGUUUCCAGUAGCACAGAUCACGACAGAAAGAGGUGCACCUCCCCAGCAUCUAGCCCUGACUCCACCUUGCCUGGAACACCUUCUCUGCAAAGUCCCACAGUUCCUCCGGAAAAAGAGGCUGAAAUGAAUGUAGCUGGUGCUGAAGACAAAAGCGUCAGGACAUCAUCAAGUAUCCUAGAUUCUGUUAGCUCAUCACCUACUCCGGAUGAUGUUGGUCCAUUUCCCAAUGAGGUGUUUUACACGGACUCGGAUGAACCAAAAACUACUCGCCAGUUUACAUAUGAAGCUGAAAAUCCUCACAUUCCCGUCAGGCCAACUGCUCCAAAACCUCAAAGUCCCAGUGCAGAGAAGGUCAAGUGCAAUAUGAAUUUCCAGUGCCCGAACCAUCACAGCACGUUAUCCCUGAGCUCAAUGGAAAGCGAGGAGAGAAUGGAGGUUCCUGGGCCGAAGCUGGGGAGGAAUCCUGUUUGCUUCCAGGACUCUGUGCAGACUGUCUACUAUGACGAUGGAAAUGAAGACAGUGGCAUAAGCAGUCACUCUCAGCUGAGCCUCAAUUUAGCUUCUGGUGCUGAAGAAAAGAAGGAAGAGGUUGUUUCUGAUGACCCCUGGAAGAGGUCCCCAACCCAGGAUGAAGAAAAGAGAGACACACAAAAGGUCACCCCCAGGAGAUGGGGCUCUGGAAAAAGAUCCCGGCCCAGACCUCUCUCAGACUAUGGCCAAAUGUCAAUCAGAAGUUUCUCUAUACCAGAAGAUGCGGUCGCUGUGGAGUCUCAGAAGACAGACUGCACGGAUGGAGAAAAUCAGCCAGGAUUAGCUUCUGUUGGGUCUGUGGUCCAAAGCAAUACAGUAGGCUACCACAGAGGGCGAAAAAGAAGACCCAUCUCUGUGAUAGGUGGGGUGAAUUUCUAUGGAAGCGGUCCGGCAGAAGAAAUAGAAGGUCUGCUGACGCAACCAGCAGCACGGCCACCUGUGCCGGCACACCAGGUCCCCCCGUACAAAGCAGUUUCGGCCAGGUUCCGGCCGCUCACCUUUUCGCAGAGCACCCCCAUCGGCCUCGAUCGAGUUGGGCGACGGCGGCAGAUGAGGACAUCUAAUGCUGCUGCCGAUGGCGGGACUGAAUCUUCAGCUUUGGUGGAUGACAAUGGCAGUGAGGAAGAUUACAGUUAUGAGGAACUUUGCCAAACCAGUCCAAGAUACCUGCAGCCUGGAGGGGAACAGCUAGCCAUUAAUGAGCUGAUAAGCGAUGGCAGCAUUGUCUAUGCAGAAGCUCUCUGGGACCAUGUGACUAUGGAUGAUCAAGAACUGGGCUUCAAAGCUGGAGAUGUCAUUAGAGUCCUAGAAGCUUCCAACAAAGACUGGUGGUGGGGAAGAAACGAGGACAAGGAGGCCUGGUUUCCAGCUAGUUUUGUCAGGCUGCGAGUUAAUCAGGAAGAACUGCCAGAAAACUGUGGCAGCAUCCAGGAUGAAGAACAAGAUGCAGAAAUUAGCAAGCAUCGUCAGAAGAUGGCAGAGAACAAGGAUCAGAUGAGGACCAAUGUCAUACAGGAAAUUAUGAACACAGAACGAGUCUAUAUCAAACAUCUCAAGGACAUCUGUGAGGGUUAUAUUCGGCAGUGUCGCAAACAUACAGGAAUGUUCACCACGGCGCAGUUAAGCACCAUUUUUGGGAACAUUGAAGACAUUUACAAAUUCCAAAGGAAGUUUCUGAAAGAUCUGGAGAAGCAAUACAACAAAGAUGAACCUCAUCUAAGCGAAAUAGGGUCAUGCUUUCUUCAACAUCAAGAAGGCUUUGCUAUUUAUUCAGAGUAUUGUAACAAUCAUCCCAGUGCCUGCAUUGAGCUUUCCAAGCUAAUGAAACAGGGCAAAUACCGUCACUUCUUUGAGGCCUGUCGCUUGCUGCAGCAGAUGAUUGACAUUGCCAUUGAUGGUUUUCUUCUCACGCCUGUUCAGAAAAUCUGCAAAUACCCUCUGCAGCUUGCUGAAUUGCUCAAAUAUACCACUCAGGAGCACAGUGAUUAUAACAACAUUAGAGCUGCGUAUGAGGCUAUGAAGAAUGUAGCAUGCCUGAUCAAUGAGCGAAAGCGAAGACUGGAAAGCAUAGACAAGAUCGCGCGGUGGCAAGUAUCUAUAGUAGACUGGGAGGGACCAGAUGUGUUAGCCAGAAGCUCAGAACUGAUCCACUCAGGAGAACUGACUAAAAUUUCAAAGCAAGGCAAAAGCCAGCAGAGGACUUUCUUCCUUUUUGACCAUCAGCUUGUGUUCUGUAAGAAAGACCUGCUGAGAAGGGACAUCUUGUAUUAUAAGGAUCGUAUGGACAUGGACGAGAUGGAACUUGUGGACACUGAAGAUGGCAAAGACAAAGACUUUAACAUUAAUGUCAAGAAUGCUUUUAAGAUUAUAAACAGAGCAACAGAAGAGAUUCAUUUAUUCUGUGCAAAAAAACAGGAGGAUAAGAAGAGAUGGAUGGAGGCAUGUGAAAAUGAAAGGAGGAGAGUUCAGGAAGAUGAAGAAAUGGGAAUGGAAAUCUCAGAAAAUCAGAAGAAACAAGCCAUGCAGAAUGCCCGAAAAUCAAGGCAUGGAAAAAUUAAAGGUGUAAGCUAUAACGGGUGUCCUAUGCCUCCUCCACACCAAAGCUUGCAUCCCAUUCAUCAGCGCCACAUCACUGUGCCUACCAGCAUCCCGCAGCAGCAGGUUUUUGCCCUGGCAGAGCCCAAGCGGAAGCCGUCCCUCUUCUGGCACACCUUCAACAAACUCACCCCAUUCAAGAAGUGAGAGGCCAAGCGCCUUGGAAGGACACCAGCACGGCGGGAGAGUUAUUCCCGAGAAGAACCUUUGAGACACAGUUAAGCUUAUUUGAGCUCAGUGAAUCGUCAGUUUUGGAGGGAAAAACUUAGGCUCCCUUGAGCCAGAAAUACCACCUUUGUCUGGAAGAGGAGUGAAGUUCAUCACCACUGUUCGGAAGCAAUGUCAGUGGUGUCAGUGAGCAUUGCUGAUGAAGAACAGAGUCCCUUCUGACAAAGACAAGCUGCUGUUGUUCUAAAGCAGCAGUAUUUGAUCUCUGUUUCUUAGUUAUCUUCAAAUAAUGAUGGAAUUAUUCAGGUCAUUGUAACAUUUCAUUUUUCUUGAUCUUAUACUUAUGGCCAAAUUUAGGUUAGGGAGGAAUUUUUCCCUAAGGGUAUAUCAGCAGGGAAUCUUAGGGGAGUUUUCCCCUUCCUUUUGGAGCACUGAGUAGGGACCACCCAUUAAAAUCAGGUGGAGAGAUCCCAUAUGAUUGAUGUACUGUUGCAGAAUUUGGUGGACCUUAAUCCUUCCUGUCUUUUUCUAUUAAGUUGCCAAAUGGCAGGAGAUAGUCCCGCAAGGCCUUAUCAUAUUCCAGAUUGGAACAGGGAAAUUUUGUUCUGUCAUAUAGAAACAUGAACAGAGUGCAAAAUGGACUAUAAAGAUUUGUGCAUUUAUUGCAUACAAGUUAAAACAAGAGGAGCCCAUGGCAUCUCUGAUCACUUUCAGUCAUAGCAAUAUACCGCAUGCAUGUAUGCUUUUCAGUAUACAGCUUUUAUAUCACUUUCUGUGCACUUCUUAGCCUGGGAGAUGCUUCUUUAUACUUCUGAUGUGCUUACUUCUCAGUGUAAAAAGUAUUUUUUUAUUUUUUAAUGGAGCUAAUGUGAAUGUACAAAGUUAGAGUCGAGAAAGUAUGAGAGACUGCUGGCACUAUAGUCUGUGUUACAUAAUUCUCACACUUUGUACUCCCCAUUCAUACAGCUUCACUUAAAAAAUGGAUGAAUGGUAACGUAAAUCUCCAUUAAGUUCCUGAGGCAGUCUGAAUCUAUGCUUCUUACGCACAGUCAAUUGACAGUGGGUUUUGACCAGUUGUUUCUUCACAAAGAAAGAGAAAUCCUUACUGGAAUGGACAAAAAAAAUUGUGUGGAUCAGAAAUGGAUUUUUGUCUAAGAACCAUCAUUUUGUAUUGGAAGGGGAAGGACCUGUCUUGACUAAGGUCAGCUCUGGCUAGCGUCUGCAAUACCUAAUUUGCCCUAAUUUGCCUAUGACACGAAGUUGAUUUGGGAGAAUAACUUUUAAAAAGCCACCAGGAGGAAACAGGAUCUUGAUUUAUGCAGCACUGAUCAUUUCUGUUUGAUAAUUUUCAUUAAAGAUGGCAAGACUGUUGUUAAUAUGGAAGGAAAGAAAGACUCCAUAUGUUUCAGAACUGAUUUGUUAUGAAUGUCUUUCAAAUAUUUUAUCAUAUGCUGCUGAUUAGGGGCAUUAUCUGAUGAUAAAGAUAGAUCCAAGAGUAUUCUUUGACAAUGGACACAGUCAGCUUUGUCAUGAAUAUGUAACAUAUGAAGAACAAAAAGGGGCUAGAGGCCAAGCAUCUUACUAACAAUAUAAAAAAGCCUUAUUUUAAACAUGUAUUUGUUCCUACUGCUAUUGUUACCUCUAUGUUUUUAUUUAUCAUCAGUGUUGUGGAGUCCACUAGCCUGAUGAUUUUGUGAUUUGAUAACUCUGCAGCAACUUCUGCAAAGCCCAGGUUUAUAGUUUUGAUUUUAAAUGACAUCUGGCAACUGUACAUUUCAAAUGCCUUGUAUAUAUAGCUAGCUCAGCAAUGAUGCAAAGUCUGGUGAUGCUCAGUUGUAUUGUUCACUGCGUAGUGAACUUCUUUGCUUGUGCUUUUCCAUAGUGAUGGAAAAUGACCUGGAACAGUUAAGAACGGGAAAUAUACAUUUACAUUUUCAAUGAUCUAGUUUAAAGAAAGUACACGAGAAAGUUAGUGAAACAGCUGGCUGGGUUGUGUGUUUCUUUUGAUGUUUAAAACAAGCCAUCUCCUUUCAGAAUUUUUUGAAAGAUAAUUCUGAAUGUUCAAUUUAAACGCAACAAACGGACUUCCAAAUGAAGGCAUGGAUGCAUGUUCUUCCUCUUAAAUGAGCAACCCUUUUUUAAGUGUUUCUUAUAUACUCAUUUUUCUGGGUGCUUGCCAUGUUCAGGCCUGCAAACCAAAGUGGUGCACAUACCAUGGAAGUGGAGAAUUUUUCAUAAUCACAUUUUGAAAGAUUUGUUCUAGAUUUUUAAAAAGGUCUGAAGUUGUAUUGCAGUGCACACCCAGCAGCUUUCCCAGCUGGUCACGUUUCUCUGCCAUGCUCAGUGGGCCUGAACACAUUACGAGAUCCACGCUUACUUACAUACUUGUCUUUGAUAAAACCGUCUCAAUUUCAGGGCUGGAUCCUGUGGGAUUGUUGGAAAAAAUACAGAUUUUGGGAUGUAUCUUCUGACAUGUCAGUGCCCACAAAGGCUCUUUCCAUAUAGUAGUGCUGGUGCCUUAGCCCUAAAAAUGAACAGAAAUGUUUGCAUGUGGUUUGGAUGUAUCGGGUUUCUUCUGAAGAGAACUUAAUUUCAGAGAGAUGAAAAGCAAGUGUUUCAUUGUGCAGAUUACUCAGGAAAGUUUUACAUAUAAUAUCCUAUAUGUAGAUGUGGUUGUUUAUAAUAUUCUCAGUGUCUUUAUUUGCAAUCUGAUUUUGCAACAGGUUAAGAGGAGACCAACAUGAUAUGCAUUUUAUUGGGUCCUUUAUUUAUUGGUCAAGGAAUGUGCUGGCUAUGCAGGGAAGACUAAUAAAAUAUAACAAGACAGGACAAAUUUAAGCUACACCAUAAUCUUUUGAACAAAUUGUAGUUAAAUGAAAGCACUCAAUUCCAUUAUCCAGCAAUUAAUGCAAAUAUUUACUGAGAGGUUCACCCUGAUUUUAGAGUCUGUGGAGAAAAUAGUUGCAAAUAAAACGUAAAAGUUUGUAUUUUAGCAACUGUUCCCUUCAGCAAAACUCAAAAGUCUUGAUCCUACAUCUGAUGACAAAAUUUGCAUAUCAUCAGAAAAAUGUGAAUGCAACAGCUGUUCUUUUCUCUUGCUUUCCCAAGCUUUAAGUUACUAUCAACUGUUCUAGGGCAACUACUAAGCACAGUUGUGCCUCAUUUAGAUAAAGCACAGCCAGAGCCUUCCUGAUGGCCUGCUGAGCAGAUAACCUCAGACUUUAAGCAUGAGAUGCAGUAAAACAAAAUUGUCCUCAAAUGUGUUCCUACUGGGUUAGGAUAAUGCCAAACCAUAAUUGCAUCUAACUCAGAGCAUUUGAUGUACAAAAUAAUAAGAUAGUUUUACAAGUGGCUCUUGCCAUGCUAAAUUUCACAUUGCAUUUUAGUGGUCAGUGUAAUAAAGGAGUUCAAAGACAGACUACUCGAAUGUUCCACAUUUUAGUUGUCUUUUGAAAAUAAUCAUAACAGAGUUUUGGAGCCAAAGGUCUUUAGCCAUAACUAACACCAUAUCUUUCUUUGACUGCCUUUCUCUUUUUUUCUAAAAGUGGGGCAUUUGUAUGUAGGAGAUGCCUCCUGAAUGAGCUCUAAUUUAAAACUAUUUGUUGUAAAUACUAGGGAUGACUUGCAUAUAUAUUUUAUUUUGACUAGUGUUUUGUAACAUUUUAUCUUGCGUACAUUGCUUUGUGCAUCUUACCAUCUGUGUGCUGUUACACAUGUUGUAAAUCAAGUGUUAUGGCUACACAGCAGAUGAAUUGGCUGUUGACAGCUGAUGUACAUGUAUAGGACUGCAGUAACUUGAUGUGUAUUUGUUCUAAAUUGCAUUACAAGGUUUAUUUACUCUUGGAACAUUGUUUGUUAAAUGAGUCUAUUUUCUGGAAAUAAGUACAAACUUACAUUCCCAUUACUUUUACUGUACAUGCUUUAAUUAAAUAAUGUACAAAGCUGAAGUUCCUCAGCUGUGUUUUAUAAAACUAUAUUGUGCAGUUUUAAAAAUGUUUUUUAAUGUCCCCAAAAUCUCUUCUGUGAGGCAAAAAUAUAUCUAAUGUCAUAUUUAUUUUAUUAUUUUGAAGGAAAAAAUGUCACACCUUCUUUUACUGUUUUUUUCAGUAACAGCUACAGUACUUCCCAGCACUAAUUCAUUUUAACAAACUACUUAACUUGAUUCUGGGGUUGAACUCUUCAUCAUUCAGGCAAAAAUCAUCCUUUUUACUGUCCCAGCCAUAGGCAUCUACCAUCAUUGUGCUUGUCCUCUUCCCGGCAGAUAGUUCCUACAGUACCCCUCGGAAGUAAAUGUACAUGCAGCUUCUUGUACUAAUAAAAGUAUUGCUAAACAGAG